UUAUAUCAAUCAAGGUUGUUGCUUUUAACUUACAAAUUAUGGAAGGCAAUUCUAGGAAUCUACACAAAUACGACUGAACUUUUUCGAAUUUGUGCAAACACUGCCAACGAGGCUGGGCUUACUGCUGAUUGGUAUCAAAGUGAACUCACAGAAGAAGACACCGAUUCCAUUGACAGUGAUCGCACACCACUAUUAAAUAGAGAGCUUUUGAGAGAUGCUCCAAUAUCCGUUGAAACUGUUUUCCGUGUUGACAGAUCCAUUCUUUAUUCGAGCAAACUAGUGAUGGAGCGUCGUGCAUUAGAGUCUACAAGGUGUGAUUUAGAUGAAAUCACUCAAACAAUUCUUUAUAAAAAACAUUUUCCCGAAAACGGCUCCACAAAAACCCCUUCCGCAAUUGUUUUGCAUUACUGUUUGAAUCGAAUUCGUGAUUCCUACAAACUUGCAAACGAGAUUAAUGAUCGUGCAACCACAAAGUUCGACUCAAAUAAUAAACUGCACGAGAAAAAGUUAUUGGAGCUGUGGGAUCUAUUAAUUCCAAAUGAGAAAUUAGAAGGUCGAUAUAGCGAACAAUGGACUAAAAUCGGGUUUCAAGGCAAAGAUCCUGCGACAGAUUUUCGUGGCAUGGGAAUGCUCGGUUUAGAUGAUUUAGUUUAUUAUGCUAAAAAUUACCCAGAAUCUGCACGUGAUGUGCUGGAAUCUUCGCGCCGUAAUCGCUCAUGGCGUCCAUUUGCCACUGUGGGGAUUAAUAUUACAUUCUUUGCUGUUCAAACUCUUCGCACCCGGCAACUUCAAUAUUUUUUAUUUAAGUAUGGUUCUACCAAGGAUAUUUAUCAUGAAUUUUUCUGUUAUCUAUUUCACUCCUUUGAUGAGUUCUGGAUGUCAUAUGACCAAUCUACAAUAACAAUAAUGGACUUUGAAAAGAUUUUUAAUCAAUUCAAAAGAAAUAUCAUACAUGAAUUAUUAGAUCGAAAAUCAAUGGUAUUGGAUAGUUCAAAAGAUAUAUUUAUUCAAUAUGAGAAAGCCAAAUAA